CAUUAACAUGGCACCGCACGAACAGGAGAGAAAUACUUCCAGGAUGGAGAGUCACCCAAGCACCAAGAGUACGUCAAAGAAAGAUGUACUGACAGUCCAGGAAAGAGUCAAAAUAUUAGAAGAUCAGAUAAAACAAAAGAAUGAUGAGUAUCUAAAAUUAACAGAUGUAGUUGAGAAGCUCAAAAUUAUAAACACUCUUCUGUAUAAAGAAGUAUGCAAGGAGUACAACACACUAAAUCUUCCCAUAGAAGAAGAAUAAACAACCAUUCUGUCACAUUUUAUUUAUAUGUC